CGCGGCGCCGGCCCCGCUGGCGCCUGGAAGGGACCGCGGCGACCCCUCCGAGCCUCCUCCUCCUCCUCCUUCCUUCAUCCAUCCUUCCUCCGAGCCGCCGGGGGACAGCACAGGUGAUCCGCCGCUGGGGAAGACAGGGGUUAAAAUGAAUGAAGAUCUGAAGGUUAAUUUGAGCUGGCUGCCUCAGGAUCAUGUAGAAGCCAGCUCUACAGAGAAUGCCUCAGCUGCAGGCUCCUCCCUGGUUCCUGCCGUAGACCCUGAGCCAGAGCUUUUGGUAAACCCCUGGGACAUUGUCUUGUGUACUUCAGGGACCCUUAUCUCCUGCGAAAAUGCCAUUGUGGUUCUGAUCAUUUUCCAUAAUCCCAGUCUUCGCGCCCCCAUGUUCCUCCUGAUAGGCAGCCUGGCGCUGGCAGAUCUCUUAGCAGGCGUUGGAUUGAUCAUCAAUUUUGUUUUUGCCUACCUUCUGCAGUCAGAAGCUACGAAACUGGUUACGAUUGGACUGAUUGUUGCCUCUUUCUCAGCAUCUGUUGGCAGUUUGCUGGCUAUCACUGUUGAUCGUUACCUCUCCCUGUAUUAUGCUCUGACUUACAAUUCAGAGAGGACUGUCACUUUUACCUAUGUCAUGCUUAUAUUGCUCUGGGGAGCAUCUAUCUGUAUUGGACUGCUGCCUGUGAUGGGCUGGAACUGCCUCAGAGAUGAAUCCACCUGCAGUGUUAUCAGACCACUCACUAAAAAUAAUGCAGCUGUCCUUUCGGUCUCUUUCUUGCUUAUGUUUGCCCUCAUGCUGCAGCUCUACAUUCAGAUCUGUAAAAUCGUGAUGCGCCAUGCCCAUCAGAUUGCCUUGCAACACCAUUUCCUGGCCACUUCCCACUAUGUGACCACCCGAAAAGGAGUGUCUACUUUGGCCAUUAUUUUGGGGACCUUUGCAGCUUGCUGGAUGCCUUUUACUCUCUAUUCUUUAAUAGCAGAUUACACCUAUCCUUCUAUAUACACCUAUGCCACCCUCCUGCCAGCCACCUACAAUUCCAUCAUCAAUCCUGUAAUAUAUGCUUUUAGAAACCAGGAGAUACAGAAAGCACUUUGGCUCGUCUGUUGUGGCUGUAUUCCUUCUAACCUGUCUCAGAGGGCAAGAUCACCCAGUGAUGUCUGAUUGGCAGCCACGAGGACGCUCCUUAACAUGUUACUUUCCAGACAUUCUGUCUUUGGUUUAGAUGCAUUCAUUAAAUGGUGUGUGAUGGGUUCACAUAAAAACCGCAGGAUGGACUGACCUUUUUGUAAACAGGAAACCCCAGCGACCGAAAUCAAUCGAGUGGUUUAAGGAAGAUUUCCAAAAUCAAAAUAAUCAGUGUUCUUAACAGAUUUAUAAUGUUGCUCAGGGUCUUUUUGUCAUAUUACCCAGACUUUGCCAUGUUUGCCAUGAUUUUGCAUUAAGUUUUCUAAUUAAAAUUAGAGUGAAACAACAUACUUCUUUAAAAUUGUUUAUGUGAUUGAGUUUAGUCAUACUGCAUAUUACAAUCUGUUGUUUGGAUAUUUUUUUCCUCUUUAAUUUUUUUAAACAGAAAAAAUAACCCCAAACCAAGUCCUGUUACCCCUCUGUAUAUCAUCAGAAUACUCUUCAAAAUAAUGGCCAAUUGUACUGAUUUAUAUGGGAUUUAUUGUAAUAAUAUCAGUGCAACGAAUUUGCUCGAAGUGAGAAAGUACUUGUGCUGCUUUUUAUUUUACAUCUCAGCAUGAACGAGGUUGACAAUUGUUUUCAAGAGUUACCUGUUCUCUCACGUGUUCUGUCUGGAUGUUAAAGCAAGAAAUAUGCGUUGAUUUCCUUUUCAAAAACCAGACAUACGUUUUCACCUGCAUGUGGGACAUUGAAGCUGUGCUGUUGAUUUCAAAACUGACAGGGGUAUCUUUGAAAUUGAUGAAACAAUAUGGCCUCUUUCAGCUAUGCAUUUGUAAUAGAUUGAAAACUAGGUUUCUCAGACAAGUUUAUCUUUUCAGAACAGUAUGAGAAAUGUUUCAUAAAACAAUCUAUAGAUUGCUUACAGCACAUGUUUAGCACUACAUCAAACGGUUCCCCUACAUUUUUUACCAAGUCAAUACUAUUACCAUUUGUUUUCGCUGUUCUCCGAUGCAAUUUUAAGUACCAACAUUUAUAAAUUCUCAAAGCAUAUCUGGUUCAUAAUUGUAUGCAACCAGGACUGCAAGAUGAAACAGUGUUUUCUCCUUUUCUGGCAGUUUCAUUCUUUGCACGGUACACGUGUCAGUUCACUUCAUUAUAGAACUUCAUUAUAGUUCUCGUCUAGAAAGCAGAGCUUCCUCUCGUGAAUGGUUAAAUUUCAAACUGCUUCUAACCUUCCACUGAAGCCACAUUAAAAUGCACUAGAAAUAAAGCAUUGUUUUCUGAUUUGAAGACUACUUGAUUAUCAGAGAGAAAAUCUUCCUGGCACUUGUCUUCAUGAAACCUACAGUGUACCCUCAUGUCAGCGCAUGGGAUUUAGAGUACUGCUUCCAUUAGUGUUGAUGGGAGCUCAAAGUGUUCAUGCCCUGGCAUCAGCAGGAGGUUAUGCUCCCUCGAAUGUCAAAGUCAGCAUAUUGUAUUGUUGCUUCAGUACCUUCCAUUAAAAAAAAAAAUUCCAAAACUCAAGUGUAAAAAUAGCAAUAUUUACAGUUCAAUAAAAAAAAUAUACCUGUGUAGUAGAGAUAGUAGAGACAACUGCGCUGCUGGUCUGGACUUUUCCAAAUGGAAUCUGUCCUUUCCACGUGGACGUUUGGAUGACUGUAGCUUUUUGUGGCAAAGUUUCUGUGAUGUUAAGAAUCAUAUGCUAUACACAAAGCUGAAUCUCAAAUGUGAGUUGUCUGUAAACAAGGCUCUGUAGAGAUUUUUAUGAGCAAUAAUUAAUUUUAGUUGCAAUGCUGGGUUUAAAUUCCAUUAUUUAUUUGGUUCAGCCUUCAUGAUACUUGGUUCUUACUUGGUAAUCUGAUUAGUUUAAUAAUAAUUGCAUGGCAUGACCCAGUAGAGCUGUGAAUUUGAAGCUCCCCUGGCUUCCCUGUGAUUUACAGAUGCUCAGCAAGUUAGACUAUGACCUCUGCUCAGUGUAGGGUAUCGGUGUUCUUUACCUGCUUAUGAAUGUUACUGAAACUCUAGUCAUUGAAUUUUCUUACAAUGUUUUUGUAUAAGAAAUACUCACUUCAUAAAUAUCCAUGAUACAUAUGUGUGCAGUUUUGCAAGUAUGCAAACUAUUGGGAAAUAAUGGCAGUAAAAGUCAUGAGAUUAAUAAUGUAGACAGGCUGAAUAUGUAGGAUGGCACUUAAAAAAAAAUGUUAAAGUCAUGCAAACUUUUCUCUCCCUGCUUUUUCCCAUGUUUGUUCUUCUGUAUCAAAUUGCUGAAAGUGUGAUGAAGAUGAGCAGCUACAACUGUGACCAAAAUUCAGUCCUGAGGGCAAGUGUUGUUUUCCUUAUGCAGAUGUGUUCUCAUGCUCUUGGAUAAGCUCAUAGGCAUUAGUGCUUUUCUCUAGGCAACACCUGUGUGGUAGGGAAGCCAGAGAAAAACAGCACAGGGGAGAUAAUGUCAUUCCCUCUUCUCAUGUGGUUUCACCUCGUGUCCUUGUCAUCUUCCUCACUCCACAGACUGCUCAAUUCUGCAGAGGCUCUCCAGUGUGCCGGGGGAGCUGACCUCUUCCAUGUGCCAGAGCAGAGAGAUUUGUAAUUGGAAGCUUCUCUCCUGAGGAGCAGAGCAAGUCAAACGGAGGAAAGAAGGAUUAAUUAUAGCAAUCCCACAAAGCUGGCUCAUAGGGAUGUGAUUUGCCCUUGUUUGAGGAGUUGUGCAUGGUUACCUUCCACCACAAACAGAUGAGGAACAUGAUUCUGCCUCCAAAGAUGCUGCUGUGACCUCCAGUAAGGAUUUUAUCUCUUCCAUAAAUGUGUUCCAAAACUGAGGCUGUGCAGCAUAGGCUGGAAAAUCCUACUGAGCAUAGGUUUGCCUGCAGCUGUCAGGCCAAACUUUCCUAUAGUCUGCAGCACCAGGAUGGGUGCUGCAUAACACACCUCUGACUGAGCUCUGGGAAAUGGGGGCAGAGCUGUGGGUGCACAGCUGCCUACCUCACUCACACAGAAUUGCUUGACAGGCAGCCGCCUUUCAGACCCUGCAGAGCUAAGCAGCUCUCUGCUGUCCCCUCAGAAUGACAGUGGCCUCUGUGCUGUGUGGUGAGGUGCCAGUAUCCACCCAAGGUCCUCCUGGAACUGGCAGAAAUCCAGCCAAACUGCCGUUUCUCAUAUUUUGUUGUCCCAUCAAACGACAGCAGUGCAUAAAGUCCAGGGGUUAGAUUCACCAUUCUGUGUACAGUGAAGGACCUUUCAUAUCUCCAUUGUAAUGACAAAAGGUGGUUUUUCCUUAAGACAUAAUUUAGUUUAAAGAAUUGAAGUUCAUGUUUAUUUACUAACACACUUGACCCAAAGUUAGUAACAGGUUGUAUCCUGAUGGGAAAAGUGUAUUGAGGUCAGUUUUUUUCAUAAAUUCAUCCUCAAAGCUUAGGAGAAGAUUUUUCUAUAUCGUCUUUUUUUUUUUUUUUUCUUUUUUUCCUAACCAUUUCCCCCAAUAGUAGUAUUUCAGCAAUAAGGAGAAAUAUGUUUUUAGCACAAGAGCAAUAAAAUCCUCCAUGAUGUGGAUACUAUAAACUGCUGAGUAAACUCAGAGCAAUAGAGAGGAAGCAAUAUAUACUUUAGACAAAAAAAAGUAACUUGCAUAAGGACUUUUAGUAAGCAUAAGUCUUCCUUUGUUAAGCAGAUACUAUCAGACCAAUGUAAGACAUUAUUUCCGGUUGAUUUGUUUUAUAAUCAUUGAAUUCCUGAGUAGAAUUACACAGCAAUAAGAUUUUACCUAAAUUCUUGGAUCCUGAAUUUGUGCUAUUUGCUGGAAGAAUUAUGUACUGCAUUGGGGAGUUUUAUUCUUUUCAUUGUUUGGCAUUUAGUUGUACAGCAUUCUGUGGAUAAAUGAAUAGUGUUCAAGAUUUCCAGUUAUAAGUUGAUCCCGAGAAUACCUGAAUUGGUCAUGCUCAUCAGGGGGACUGAGAAGUGGUGAAAGCCUGUUCUGAAGGCAGCUUGAUUAUGAUACCAGUGAGGAACACCCCUGCCAAUAGCCAGGCUCUUUGGGAGCAAGCUCAAAGGACUGAUACUGCUUCUGUAUCUCCCUACCAUGGACACUCAGUGACAUAAGCAGUUGCAUCCAUCCUUUAGUGUUCAGGGACCAGCCUUGAGGCAUCUUGGAGUCGCUAAAACUCCUCCAUGGACAGCAGUGAACUUUGGCAGAGAUCAGUGCUCAUGCUGUCCCCAAAGAGCUAUUAUUCUCUUGCCUUGUUUUCUUAGGGAUUUUUUAGCUUUUAAAAAUAAAAUAGAUGUGACUUCAUUUCCCCAAGGUGAUAAGCAACCUUAUAAAGCAAGUGUGACUGGAAGUUGGGAUAAAAUAGCAUUGCUACAAAUCAAGCCCAUGAAGCAUAACUACACACUCAUUACUUGAAAAGAAAAAAGUGGUUCUUUAACAUUCAGAACAAUGUUUCCAAAAUGUUGGCCCUGACUUUUAUGACAAGAAACUAGCGUCCAUUUUUAAUAUGUAGGGUCUGUUUUUUCUGUAUACAAUAAAUAAAUAAAAAUAAGAAUUGGACAGAGCAGUUGCUAUUUAAAAACCCAGCAGCCAUCCUGUCACUUUAUCUGAGGUACAAUCCUGUCACUUUAUCUGAGGUACUGAAUGCUUCUAGAUUGGCUUAGUGGUAGUCCAGAGAUGUUCCGUGGAAAAAAAAUAAGAUCUCUCAAUCUCUGCUUAUAGAGAGCUAAAAGGAAGGAACUAUAAGGAGUGGUAUAAUUUAUAUCUCAUGAAUAAGCAAUAGGUCAGGAAAGAUAAAUUAGGCACAUGUAUCUCCUUCAUCUGUCAGUAGAAGAAUGAUGGUACUCCCAAUAAACUUGAAAGGUUUCCUGACUGGGAAUACUUCUUUGGUACAAGAGGAAAUUACCCCUUAAAAGUGGGUGCUGCUGUCUUCUUCAGUUCAAGAAAAUGCAGUUCCUUAUAAUGGAUCAGAAAUCUGAAUGAGCUGCAGGGAUGCCUACUUUCAUAUUAAGUGGAUGAUGAAAGAUGAGGGAUGGAAGUCUUUAUAGCUUGGUGAAUCAGCCAGAAUCAAUCACUCAGCACUUGAGCUUGGCUGGGAAGGGUGCUUGAAUAAAUGCACCCCCUGUAGGAAGGGUGUUUAGAACUGUUCUAAGCUGCCCGUUUGGAGCCUUACCCCAGGAACACAGAGCCCCCAGGAGGGCCCCUGGGGCUGUGCUGCAGCAGUUCCCUGUCCUGGG